GGCGGGGGAGGCGACGGGCACAGUGGCUUUGGUAUAUAAUGCUGGCCGGCACCUCCACACCACCACACUUCAGACAAACAGACACCAAGAUGAACCUGUUCGUGCUCGCUUUCCUCGCUGCCGUGGCCGCCGCAGCUCCUCAAGGCUAUGAGGACACCUCCGUUGAGUAUCCAGCUAUCCUCGUUGACGAACGACAAAUGGCUGACGACGCCUCGAGUUACACCUUCAAGAUAGAGACCCAGGACGGCAUCACGCGCCAGGAGUCAGGCUCAGUCCUGCCAGGCACUGGGUCUGAGGAGGGCGGCAUUGAGCAGAGCGGGACAGUGUCGUUCACGCUUCCCGACGGUCAACUGUUCCAGUUGAGCUAUGUGGCGGACGAGAAUGGCUUCCAGCCUGAGUCCAGCUUCUUGCCUGUGGCUCCUGAAUUCCCCCAUGAAAUUCCGCAGUUCGUCCUCGACCAGAUUGCGAAGGCGCGUGAGGAGGAAAAGGAAUCCCCUCGCCAGCCCUCCUCCAACUAUGCCUCUCCCUAGACGAGAGGCUCCCGCCGUGCCUGCUGAACCUGCGUGCCCCGCGCAUGAUCUCUCCAUGUAUUUAUUUCCUUCACUCUUUGUUGGCUAUUGUUUCAGCCGUGUACAUGUUAUGUAAUUAAAUUAUGCAUAUGA